CCGCAACUACAAGAAGAACUGCUGACAUAUUUGGCUGGAUUCCUUUCAGGCUUAUUUAAGAGCCACACCGGUUGGAUUUAAAAUUCUGGAAUUUUAUAUGAGAUACUUGAACCUAAUUGAAGUGUUUUGUUUGUUCAGUUGUUGAAUUCAGGCUGGUGUACUAACGUUAAUUUUGGUGACAUAGUUGGCUUACAAGACUAUUGGCCAAGUCGUGUAGGUAUUUUUGGCAACACAAAUUGUUUCGAUACACACAAGGAUUAGAGGAUUAAUUUGGAAUCACCGAAGAUACAUUCUAUACGGUGACAGCUCGAGUCGGUUUGAAUCACAGGAUUAGAUUGUUUGUUCACAUCAAUCAACUUAUAAAUACAAUAGUUCAAGGCAUUGGCCAUACAGGUUCAGAAAGUGAAUUGGUCAGUCAAGUUCAACUUCAACUGUUAUUUUAUCUUUGAAUUGCUGUUCCAUUGUUAUCAUAGAAAUCAAAACUUCCGACACUGCGGGAAUUCUCGAAGCAUAUCGAGGCGAAUCAUAUCGCUCGUGUAACUGUGCAAUACUUUCUUUACUCGAGAACAAGACAAAUAAGUUAACAGAGUUGAUCUUUGCAUUCCUAACCAUAUCAUAUAUAGGAUUGCAACUUGUACAUAAAAGAGUAUAUACAUGGUCCUGUAUUGUUUAGCACUGUAGUUCCUGAAUCAAAGUGUACUCUAUAUUCUCUGCUAAAAGACUGCCAACACGGAUACAAACAUUCUCUAACACAAGUCUAAUAAUCUAAGGGUUUUCAAAUCGCAGAAAUCGCCAUACAUUGUCGGACAUUAUUAAUACACAUUACAGAUUUGAUAACGUGGGUUGGUUAAAUCACGUCAAACACAUCUGGAUUUGAUCCGAUUCUGUUAACAAGGUUGCACAAUUACUCGUCAAAACCGUGGGAGUAAUUGAUUGGUUUCAACGAGACCUGUGCUUAUAUUGAAUACCUUGAAUCGCAUCAGGCAAUCAGGAGUCUAUACUGCGUCAAAGUACAGCUUAAAAAACUAUCAAGUCUGAACAAGUCAAAACUCUGCAGUUGUAAAAAAGGGAUAUCGUGUGAGAUACACUUUAGUACUGUGGUCUCCCAGUUUGAAUUCACUGGAUAACCUGUUCCAAACGGCGCGAGGGGUGUACACUGUUAGCGUUGAAAAGAUCGAGUGCAAGGGAUAUACAAUCUUUGCAUUAUUGAGUGGGUCUCGGCAUUAUCUAAGAUAUACUUUGUUUCCGUUGGACUAUACCGGUUCGGAUUUUUGAAUAAUUGAAAAAUCAACAUAGUUUUGGGAUUGAACAGUUUUGCUUGACCGAUCGUUUGAACGCGCCUCCAAGAGUCGUGCCACAGGAACCGCCAGGAAUUGAACAAUUGAAACUCUUGCCAAGUGAAUCUAAUUGGUUGGACUGCUAGCUUUGGUAUAAGAGAAGGAAACGCCUGUCGGAUCAGUUAUAUUGGUUAGUACAUAGUGUGAAAGAAGAAAGGUUGAGAUUUUGUUGUAUCUUAUUGGAUCAUUUGGAAUUUGUCCGUGAUUUUACCUUUGCAAUACACUGGUGUUUCGAAGUCAAAAGAGGCGAUAUCGAACUUCGAAGAUCAAUCUGCGGGAUAUAAAGAUUUUUAAAUACUGUCCUAUAUUUAAGCGGCAGACAAAUAUUUGAGUUUGGGACCUUGAUUAUUAAACGACAAAAGUACGCUUGAACAAGUUGAACGUGAAGAUUUGACGAAGGAAUUAAUUGAUUGUAAUAAUAAUCGAUUGUUUGAUUGGAAGUGGCUUUAGCCGCAGAGAAAGUACGCUUAAACAAGUUGAACGUGAAGAUUUGAUUCCUCAUUGCGCAAGACGAAGGAAUUAAUUGAUUGUAAUAAUAAUCGAUUGUUUGAUUGGAAGUGGCUUUAGCCGCGGACACACAGGAGAGAAAUUAAAACUGCGUGACAGAAAGGAUUGCUUAAAGGAACAUUUAUAACUAUAGCAACAAUUAGGGUGGAAAAGAUACGCGCAACAUCAAAAGGAUUUCUUUAAUAUUAUACGACGUGUAAAUUAUUAAAGUUUGCAAUAUUUCCAUUGCGUUGAAGAUCUUCAAAGAUACAUUAAAGACAAACAGUGCUGGAUUAAACAAUUAUAUGCACAUCUUUAAUCGUCGCUAUUUGCGGGACUCGUUUGAACAAUUGUGCGUUUAGAUCGAGAUACACUAAAGAACAAACUAUUAUACGGAUUACAUGCAAAAGAGCUAUUAACGCAAAUCAAAAAGGAUUUUCCCUCAUUCUACGUCGCGCAAACAGUAACGUAUACGUUAAAAGACUAGGAAAGAUAUAAAGAAAAACAUUACGUUUGAAAACCAUUAAAGGCUGACAUCCAAAUAGAGGGAUUGUCAUCAAUAUAUACUCCAGAUAGUAUAACAAUUACGGAUUACACGCGGAUUGUUUAACUGAAGAGGCGUAAAUGUAAUAACAUUACUGCGUGUGCGCAACGAUAUUAAUCAUACAAUACAAGCAAGCUUGAUGACAAUAUUAUUUUUUGAAACAGAUGCUCCAAGGAUCUAAUUGAUUCGUAAAGUUUCAUAACGUUGUCUUAUUAUACGUGCGACUGGGAUGCAAUUUAAUAUUCCAUAUUGUUGACGGAACAUUAACCCUGAAAUUGGACGGUUUGGGGGUCUUAUUUAAUAUUUGGGCUGAUUUUUACGGAAAAGAGUGCAGCUGUAAUUUGCAAAACAGUUUUGCAGACUGGACACUUAAGUUUUCAAUUUUAAAAGGCACUUUCAAGUGAGCUCUAUCAAUUAUUCAUCGAAUAUUCUGGCGUUUUUCAUUUCGACACUUAUACAGCCCUCCUUCCUUGAGAAAACAUGGAGACAAUAUAAAUUAAAUCAUCUAAUUUGACGGCAAAGCUAAGAGUAAAGUGCAAUUAUCUAAAUCAUUCGCUUAUAGGAUUAAGGAUUCGAAACAGCUGUGAUGUAAAGGACACUUGUAUUGAAAACGUAUGUAAAACAAACGUUCAAUAUAGAAACAGACACACCACAGCACUUCUCCGAGUGUGUUUCAUACAACCGAGAGGUUCUGAAGGAAUUUGUUAGAAGAAGCAAGUUUAGUAGUGUAAAGAAACUGUUCACAACACGAAAGAGCUGGAUAAUUUGUAAGCCUAUUAUACACCCAAACUAUAUCAAGUUUCGUGGAAUCAAGUUGUACUACUUGUGAAAGACGUUUUGCGCUAAAACGUAUUCCCACAGAGAUCGUUGGGAUUUGUGAAGAGGGUAUAACAGAAAUUGAAGUAAAAAUAAAGACAGCUACCGACGGGAAAUAUUUUGUGAAGAAGACAUUAUAUAAAGAUAUCUACAAACACUAUAAAAAGAACAGCAUUACGCAAGUCUUCGUUCUAAAUAUAGAGCAAACAAUUUGAGACGAACAACUUGAGACGAACUAUAGUUCGUAUACAGUCAUCAAGUACAACUAGAAAGCAAAAUCAUGGCAGACAAUGCAACAACAAUAGCACCAAUAACAUAUUCGCGUUUUUGGGAACGCUUUCAUUCCGGGUUUCUCAUCCUUGUGAUCAUAGCGGCUUUAUUUGGAAACGGUUUCGUCUGUAUGGCUGUGUAUAAAGUACGACGUUUACAAAAAGUCUCCAACUAUUUCCUCGUCUCCUUAGCCGUAUCUGAUAUUCUGGUUGUCCUGCUUGCCAUUCCUUUUCGCAUCUACUUCGAACUCAACACAGAAUGGCAGCUCGGGGAACAUGCUUGUAGAUUCUGGAUAUUUAUGGAUUUACUGUGUAGCACAGCAUCCAUAGUCAACCUAUCCAUCAUCUCCGUGGAUCGCUACCUUGCUCUCUCGCAGUCUUUGAGGUAUCUUACGAUCCUAACGGUCUCAAGGUGUCGCAUCUUGAUCGCAGCUGUUUGGGGAUUUUCAUUCACACUCGCCGCGUUCUCGUUACAUACGUGGUCGUCGGAUGGCAAGUUUAUAUAUACCCAAUUCUGCCAGAAUAUAGAUAAACUCUACUAUAUUGUCUCGACCAUAUUGGGGAUUAUUAUUCCACUGAUAAUACUGAUCGUGCUGUACUGCCUGGUGUUCAAAAUCGCACUGGAACAACGAGUCAAGAUCAUGAACAACAAUUAUAAUACUCCGCGGGGUUGCGAAGUCGGCGAACAAGCUGAACGGCUGCGUUCUCGGCAAUCUCGGGCACCAACUAGUCCAAGACGAUUUGCAAUACGUGAACUGAAAGCGACAAAAACUUUGAUGAUUGUUGUAGGAGCGUUUCUUGUUUGUUGGUUACCCCUAUUCGUGCUCAUGAUUAUGCAACAGUUUGUGCCGCAGUAUAUAAACAGUCUACCACGAAAAACACAAGAAAUACUUGGCCUGUUAUUCUUAUAUACUUUGCCUCAGUUCAACUCUUGUUUAAACCCGUAUAUCUACACGUUUCAUAAUUCUGAGUUCAGAGCUGUGUUUAAAGUGACUUUUAGGAAACUAUUGCCGUUCUUAAAACUACAGUCAAAGAAUGACAAACACUUAGAUCCGCUGGCUAUUGACAGUGAGUUUGCAUCGACAGGGUUUUGAGUAUCUGCUGCAUAUAAAUUGUAUAUACUUUAUUCUACAUAAUAUUCUUAAUAGUAAAUAUACAUUCAUAGUGUAAUGGAAUAUAUUUGCAGCAGUUCAGUCCGAGAUCAGUUUGGAAAAACUUCGUAAUUAUUGAUAUAAAUUAUAAUGUUCAUGUAUUUGUAAAUUAUGCAGAUAAGCAAUUAUAUAUCUUUGAAGUACUGUACACUGUAUGUAAUUCUGCUUGUACAAUGGUGGUUGUGGUGAUCAUGAUUGUGGUGGUAGUGAGAAUGGUGAUGAUGAUGGUAACAAUGAUGAUGGUAGUAAUGAUGGUGAUGAUGAAGAUAGUAAUGAUGAUGGUGUUGAUGAUGAUGGUGGUGGUGGUGGUGAUGGUGGUGGUGGUGAUGAUGAUGAUGAUGAUGGUGGUGGUGAUGAUGAUGAUGAUGGUGGUGGUGGUGGUGGUGAUGAUGAUGGUGGUGGUGGUGA